AUGGGACCCCCUCUGGGCAUAUCCACCAAAAGAGGAGCUGGUGAGGACAGGACGGGCCUGAGUGGGCGGCACGUCGUCAACCAAACCGACCUCAAAGAUUCUUACGACUACAUCGUCGUGGGUGGCGGCACCGCGGGGCUGACUAUUGCCGACCGGCUCUCGGAGUCGUGUAAAUACGAUGUUUUGGUUAUUGAGCACGGCGACUUUUAUGACGCCGCGAACCCAGGCAGCGCUCGAGGGACGCGCCAGUACAGCAUCCGCUCGCUUCCGCAGCCCGGGCUCAACAAUCGAACGACGACCAGCAGCAUGGGGUUCUGCGUGGGCGGAAGCUCGGCCGUCAACGGAAUGGCGGUGAUGAGGGGCACGAAGACGGAUUACAACAUCUGGGCGGAGCUCGGCAACGAAGGCUCGACGUGGGACUGGGAGGGCAUGCUGCCUUAUUUCAAAAGGCGAUUCAUUUUAUUCCCCCGAACGAGGUAUUCGCCAAGGACUUCAACGUUACGUAUGACAUCGACGCAGCUUGGGGUCAAGAUGAAAACACCCACGUCUACGCUUCCUUUCCCGGUGGAAACGAUCCGAGAAUCAGUAAGGGCCCCUACGUUUUUCUCUUUUCCCCUUCUUUUUACUAACCAGUUACUAUCAGAAAUCCAUUACGAAGCUCUUAAGAGCGUUCCCGGCGUCGAGUUCCCCCAAGACGGACACGCCGGCUCGCAGGGCGUGUUCUGGUACCCCGUGUCCGUCGACCCAGAGACGAGACAGAGAUCGUACUCGCGAACCGGGCACUGGGAUGGACUGAACAGGAAUAACUACGAUUUGCUCACCGCCUCCCGCGUCAACCAGAUCCUCUUCGAGGGCGACGUUGUCACGGGGGUCAAGUUCGUCCCCGAGGAGGAGGAGAAGAGACCACGCGGCAUCGGUCCCGCUGAUCACCUCGAGGCCGCCGGCAUCACCCUGCAGGUCGAUCUUCCCGGCGUUGGCGCAAACUUCCAAGACCACCCCAUCGGCCCCAGCAUCUCCUUCCAAUGCGUCGGCGGCGGCCAAGGCCUCGUCGCCUUCCUCGACCUACCCAUCGCCGCGCCCGACGAGUUCGAAGACAUCGCAGCGCGGUACGAAAGCCUCGACCUCGCCGACUACGUGGCGCCCGACACCGCCGAGACGGUCCUCGCCGGGUACCGCGCCCAGCAAGAAAUCUACGCGCGCGAGAUGCGCGGGCGCGGGCUCUCCUUCAUGAACUACAUCAUCGGCGGCGGCGCGGGCGGCUCGCCCAUCAACCUGCACAUCACCUCGCGGGGCACGAUCCGGCUCAACGAGACGGACCCGCAGGGCGACCCCGUCAUCGACUACCGCGCGCUGUCGAACCCCACCGACGUGGACCUCAUGGCCGCGUACCUCGGCUUUUGCGGCGCUUCUUCACCACGGGCGAUUUGA